CAGCUCGCCUGGCUGUUAUACCUCGUCCGGGCAGCUCCACUCAGGCUUCUUGUGCGGUCGAGCAAUGAAAUAGGGCCAUUAUUUACAAUUGGCGCAUCAUGGCGCUGGAGACGUCCAGCGGUUAUGUUGCUCCCAGCAACCUCGCCGAGCCUCCGGACGCCGCUCUGUCCAUGUUCGAUGUCCGACGUGUGCAGUUGCAGUUCCCACUGGCUGCGGACUUUGUCGCAGCGCAGGUCGCUAAUAAUGUUUUGAUUCUGGCUUUGUCGACUGGACGCAUUCUCCGAAUAGAUCUAGAUACCCCGGAGGAUAUCGAUGAUAUCGAUCUUCCCAAAAAGUCAUCGGAGAUAGGCGUUAUACGUCGCAUGUUCCUGGACCCGUCCGCGUCCCAUUUGAUCAUCACCACCACCCUUGGCGAGAACUACUACCUCCAUACCCAAUCUCGGCAACCUAAGCCACUGUCGCGACUGAAAGGUGUUCCGAUAGAAAGUGUCGCGUGGAACCCCUCUUUGCCUACGGCUUCGACAAGAGAGAUACUUUUGGGCACGACGGAUGGCCAGAUCUGGGAGGCCUACAUUGAGCCGUCUACCGAGUUCUACCGCCGUGAAGAGAGAUAUGCGCAGGCCAUCUACAAGACACCGGAAGCGUCGCCUGUCACAGGGAUCUGGGCGGAGAUAAUACCUACGAAGCCCGAGUUCAGACGAGUGCUAAUAGCGACCCAUGGAAAGCUGCUGUGCUUCUCAGGACGUACUGGGAGGUACGGGAGGGAAGGAGGAAGUCUUGUCUACGCUGAUCUAUUUCAACGCGAGGCGCCUGUAACCCAUGAGAUUCAGAAGCCUUCUAGCGCCGCGCCGUCGACACUGGCUAUCUCGCCUAUUGUUCCAGAAGGUCAGAAUGCGACUGGUCAGCCGGAAAAUGAGUUCGCAUGGCUCAGUUCGCAAGGUAUCUACCACGGGCAACUUCCAUACGCGCCGCAGAAACUCACUCAACCCUUUGAAAGCUCGAACAUGCUGCCGCGGUCUUUGUUCCCGGCUAGUGAAUCUGCGCGCGGAGGCAAGAAGCUCAUACAAGACCCAAUAACUGCCAUGACGUUGUCCCAGUGGCACAUUUUAGCCCUUGUCGAAGGCAGAGUUGUUGCUGUGAACCGUAUGAAUGAUGAAAUUGUGUACGAUGAAGCCGUUCUUGAACCAGGACAGAGUGCUUUGGGCCUCCUAACGGAUGCGAUGCAGCACACUUACUGGCUGUUCACCAGCCAGGAAAUCUUCGAAAUUGCAGUCGAGGACGAAGAUAGAGACGUUUGGAAGGUAUUUCUGCAGAAGGAGAUGUUUGACGAAGCUCUGCAGUACGCCCGUACUACAGCGCAAAAAGAUGCUGUUUCCACCGCCUCGGGAGACUUCCUCGCCAGUAAGGGUCGGUAUUUGGAGGCGGCCAAGGUUUGGGGCAAGAGCAGCAAAGGCUUCGAAGAGGUCUGUCUGACUCUGAUCAACCGGGGCGAGCAUGAUGCCCUGCGAAAGUACCUUCUUGGCCAGCUUUCUACGUAUAAGAAGUCCUCGUCAAUGCAACGGAUAAUGGUUGCCAGCUGGCUUGUCGAAGUUUUCAUGACGAAGUUGAACUCGCUUGAUGACAACAUCGCCACCAAAGCAGAAUUGGCGGAGGGCACGAGCACGGAAGAAGUCAAGGACGGACUCGGAAGUGUCCGGGCUGAGUUCCAAGAGUUUGUCACCAAAUAUCGGUCCGACUUGGACAAGAAGACUGCAUAUGAUCUCAUCAGUAGCCAUGGGCGAGAGGAGGAAUUGCUAUUCUUUGCCACGGCGGUCAAUGACCACAACUAUGUGCUGUCCUACUGGAUCCAGCGAGAGAAAUGGUCGGAGGCACUCAAUGUUCUGCAACGACAGAGUGAACCCGAUGUGUUCUACAAGUAUAGUAGCGUUCUCAUGACCCAUGCUGCUGCCGGACUAGUCGACAUCUUGAUGCGGCAGACCAACCUCGAGCCGGAGAAGCUGAUUCCUGCGUUGCUGAACUACAACAAGACCGUAAACGUUCCCCUGGGGCAGAACCAGGCGGUGCGGUACUUGAACUUCAUCAUUGUCAACCACCCGAAGCCGUCCGCGGCGGUCCACAACACCCUGAUCUCGAUCCACGCCUCAAGUCCCUCGUCCUCGGAAGCCGGACUCCUCACCUACCUGCAGUCACAGCCGUCAUCUCCGCCGCCGUACGAUGCAGACUUUGCUCUCCGUCUUUGUAUCCAACACCAGCGCGUGCAAUCGUGCGUCCACAUUUACAGCGCCAUGGGACAGUAUCUCCAGGCGGUGGAGCUGGCUCUGCAGCAUGAAGAUAUCGAACUGGCAGCGAUUGUGGCGGACCGACCGGAGGGGAACGACAAGCUCCGGAAGAAGCUUUGGCUUCUUGUAGCGGAGAAGAAGAUCCGCCAGCCUGGCACGGGCAUCAAGGACGCGAUCGAGUUCCUUCGCCGAUGCGAACUGCUCCGCAUCGAGGAUCUGAUCCCGUUCUUCCCAGACUUUGUUGUCAUUGACGACUUUAAGGACGAGAUCUGCAGUGCGCUCGAGGAUUACUCGCGGCACAUCGAUGCGUUGCGACAAGAGAUGGAUAACUCGGCGCACACGGCGCGUCAGAUCCGGACGGAGAUUGCGGCGCUGGACACGCGAUAUGCAAUUGUCGAACCCGGAGAGAAGUGCUGGCUCUGCUCCUUGCCGGUGCUCAGCCGGCAAUUUUUCGUCUUCCCGUGCCAGCAUGCCUUCCACAGCGACUGCCUAGGCAAGGAGGUCCUCGACGGUGCCGGUGGCAAGAAGAAGUACAUCCGCGACCUACAAGCGCAGCUAAACAAGGGGACACUGGGAGCAGCGCGACGAGAAGAGAUUGUGCGGGAACUGGACGGGCUGAUUGCAGAGGCCUGUGUUCUCUGCGGUGAUCAUGCAAUCAAGCAGAUCGACAAGCCAUUUGUUGCGGAAUUGAACGGGCCCGAUGACUGGGCAUUGUAGUUGCUCUGAGCGUGGAGAGCACGUUCCUCAUCCAAUGCAUGCAUGUCCUCUUUUUUUUCUUUGGCCUGUUUUACUAGGUAGCCUCUCAGCCGUUAGCUACUUACCUACUUACCGUCUGUCCCUGUCGUACGGUGGCGCCUUGCAUUUAUCAGCGU